UGGCAAACAAAUCCAAGAGAAGUUGCUGGACAUGACUGGACAGCGCACUGUCCCGAAUGUAUUUAUAGGCGGGACACAUCUGGGCGGUGCUGACGAUACAUUUAAAGCCCAAUCUGAAAACAGACUGAUGUCACUAAUAAGCCCUCCGACCGCAGACUACACCUAUGAUCUAGUUGUCAUCGGUGGGGGUUCAGGGGGCCUAGCGGCUUCUAAGGAAGCGGCUUCCUUUGGAAAAAAAGUAGCAGUCUGCGACUUCGUGAAGCCAACACCAGUGGGAACAACCUGGGGUCUGGGAGGAACAUGUGUGAACGUUGGGUGUAUACCAAAGAAGUUGAUGCACCAGGCAGCAAUUCUAGGUCAGUCAAUAAGAGAUGCUAGACAUUAUGGUUGGGAGUUUUCGGAGGAAGUUUCGCAUAAAUGGGAGACAUUACGAAAAGGUGUGCAAGACCACAUAGGUUCCCUGAAUUGGGGUUAUCGUGUAGCGUUGCGUGACAAGUCGGUUGCCUACCAAAACGCGUAUGCUGAAUUUGUCGACCCACACACCAUCAAGUGUGUAAAUAGAAGGGGGAAGGAGACAACUAUCACGUCAGAUAAAUUUAUCAUUGCAACUGGCAUGAGACCUAGGUACCCAGACAUUCCUGGAGCCAAAGAGUUUUCAAUUACAAGCGAUGACCUGUUCUCGCUUCCCUACUGUCCAGGCAAGACCCUUUGUGUCGGUGCCUCAUAUGUAUCGCUGGAGUGUGCUGGCUUUUUAGCGGGUAUGGGCCUAGACGUAACAGUGAUGGUCCGGUCAAUAUUAUUACGAGGAUUUGACCAAGAAAUUGCUGAGCGUAUUGGCCUACAUAUGGAGAAGCAUUCUGUCAAGUUUAUUAAGAAGACCGUGCCAACAAGGAUUGAGCGUCUCAAGGAAGGAACACCGCCCUCACUGCGAGUAUUUUACAAUGAAGAUGGUGCCGAAAAACAUCUUGACGUGAAUACGGUUUUGAUGGCUAUAGGACGCGAUGCUUGUACAACAGGUAUUGGCUUGGACAAAGUUGGCGUCAUGCUUAACCAGAAGAAUGGCCAGGUCAUUGCCAAUGGUGAACAGACUAAUAUCCCAAAUAUCUAUGCUAUUGGCGAUAUUCUGGAAGGCAAACCAGAACUGACUCCAGUCGCCAUUGAGGCUGGAAUACUUCUAGCACGAAGGAUGUUUGCAGGGAGUGAUGUACAAUGUGAUUACGUAAAUGUGCCAACAACUGUCUUUACCCCACUUGAAUAUGGAUGCUGUGGGCUUGCAGAAGAAGAUGCCAUCAAGCAGUAUGGUGAAGAUAAUAUUGAAGUCUACCACACAAACUAUAUGCCAUUGGAAUACACUGUUGCUGGAAGGGAUGCGUCUGAUUGCUAUGCAAAGCUUAUCUGUAACAAAGCAGACAAGGAGAGAGUUGUUGGACUUCAUAUUCUUGGGCCAAAUGCUGGGGAGGUGACACAAGGGUAUGCAGUUGCCAUGAAGUGUGGGGCAACCAAACAACAUUUUGAUGCAACUAUUGGAAUCCAUCCAACUGUUUCUGAGCUUUUUACAACACUAUCAGUUACCAAAAACUCGGGUGGAGAUAUUAUGGCAAAAGGAUGCUGAGGUUAGACCCUGCUGUUGAAUGCCCUCUACAACUAGUUAACUAAACGAGACAUCAAGUUCAAUUUUCCAAGCAUAACAUCGCUAAUGGACACAAUAGAUGCAGUAUAUGAGGAUCUUGACAUGUUCUUGUUUAAAAGUCGUAGCUGG